AUGAAUUUUUUUUCUGUUUCCCAAGAGAAUAAUCAAUUUUUAGAUUUAUAUUUAUAUAUGGAUUCUUUAUAUAAUAGAUUAAUUAAUAGAUAUAAAAAUAAUAGUAAUAGUAGUAGUAAAGAAUGUAUUAUCUGUGUUGAAAGUGGUUUGAUUGGAAAGAAUGAAGAUAGAAUAUUUAAUCAGAAAGAUCUAAUCGAUAGAUGUAAUCAGUUUAUAGAUGAUAUCAAACCAUUGAUAUCGAAUCAAACGAUCAUACCAUACUUUGCACUAUUUAUGUCGAAUUCGUUUGAUUCACUUUGUUUAUUGAUAGCACUGUCCGCUCUCUAUAAAACAGUUGACCAAGCGACUGGUAGUGAAACUAAUUGCUAUUGUUCGACCAUUUUGAUGCCACCCAAUUUAAAACGUGAUGAAAUCACUACAUUGAUGAACAGAUCGAAAGUCUCCACAAUAAUUAUACCUAAUGAUAUUGGUAUAAACCACGAUACUUUUAUACAAACAACAACAACAACAACAACAACACCUUCAUCAUCAAUAACAACAUCAAAAAUAACAUUAAUAUACAGUAAUAAUAGAUUUUCAAUAUAUAAAACUGAAUAUAUAAUGAAUAGAGUUGGUGAGGUUGUAGCGGAUGAACCGACUGUCUGUCAAUUGACAAGUGGAUCUACCUCACCGUCAUCAAAGAUAUCAAUUAGAACUUGGAAAUCGAUUAUAGAAGAAGCAGAGGUGGUUGCCAAGCAGUUAGACUAUACAGCAGAAGAUACGAUUUUAGUUAAUUCCGCUAUAUCGCAUUCCUAUGGCUUGGUAGGUGGCAUCGUUUCAUCAUUACUAUCAGAGUCGUUGAUCAUUCUACCGAUUUCACUAGAUCAUUUAUACCAGAUAGAUAACUUGUCAAUCGACAGUAACAACAACAACAACAAAUUAAAAGUCAACAUUAUGUUUGGUGUUAGAAGUUCCUAUCAUUGGCUAGCAGAGAGAGUGUUACUUCCGAGAUGCCUGUUUGAAUCUUUGGAGGCUAGUACUUUGAGAUAUGCAAUGUGUGCAGGCUCGAUGAUACCCGCUGACCUCAUAGUUCAACUGCGAUCAAAGACAGGCAUACAACUACGUUCAAACUAUGGCACAACUGAGACUGGCACCAUUACCAUCGAUACAACAACAACAGGUAACAGAUCUGACGAUGAAAAUGACAAUGUUAAUGUUAGUAGUGUUGGUAUUCGUCUAGGUCAGUUAUUACCACAUUUUCAAUAUAGACUAUCAUCAACUGAAAUCAAUCAAGACGAACUGCUUUUGAAAUCGACAUGUCUCUCUAGAGGUUACAUCAAAGACGAUCACAUUGAAUUAGCAACAGAUAAAGAAAAUUGGUUUCACACCAAAGAUCAUAUAACUAUAGCAUCAUCGAAAGAAGAUCAACAAAUUAAUAUAUUUUAUUAUCAAAAUAGAAUAAGAUAUUAUAAAUAUAAAAAUAAUAGUAAUAAUAAUGAUGUAUUUGAUCCAGUUCUUAUUGAAAAACAAUUGUUGGUUCACUUUAAUAAUAUAAUAUCGGAUAUAGUUUUAGUGGAAGAUAAAAUCUUUAAAUGCUAUAUAACACUUGUGAACAACAACAACCAAUCUAAUAGUAAUGAUAUUAAUAGUUUCAAAAAAUCAAUAACUCUAGAUAUUGAACAAUAUAUAUCAGUUCACCAACCGUUAUUGACACCGAUAACCAUAGUAAUAGAAGAGAUUCUACCAUAUUCACCCGCUGGCAAAUUACUAUUAAAGUAUUUAUAA